UCACCUUGACCGAGAUGGAGAAAUUACGAGCAUUUUAAAGUUUAGUUAUGAUGCCUUACAUGACGAAGAUAAAAAAUUAUUUCUUCAUAUAUCCUGCUUUUUCCAUGGUGAACCAGUUGAUAGAGUGGAAGGUUGUCUAGCAAAGUGUUUUUUUGGAUGUGACACAAGGGAUUCGUGUCUUAGCUGAAAAAUCUCUUGUAUAUAUCGAAUGGGGAUGUAUAAAGAUGCAUGUGUUGCUAGUCCAACUAGGAAGAAAAAUUGUGCGAGAACAAUCUGUUAAUGAUCCUGGAAAAUGCCAAUUUUUGAAUGAACCAGUUGAUAUUGAUGAAGUACUUAGCGAUGAUAAAUCUGAUAGCAGAUGUGUCAUAGGAAUGGAUCUUAAAGAGGAUGAGGAUAUAACAUGGACAAGUGAAAGAGCUUUUGAAAGGUUGUCUAAUCUUCAAUUCUUAAGAAUCAAAAGCUGUGGCGUUAAUCCGCAAAGUAUGAACUACAUAUCUCGGAAACUUAGAGCAUUAGUUUGGCUGAGCUCCCAGAUGACAUGUUUUCCUUCUAGUUUUAGCCAAAGUUCCUCGUCAAACUAGUGAUGAACGAUAGCGAGCUUAAGAAAUUGUGGGAAGAA